UGUGUCAUUGCAUGCAGCAACAUUUUUUCAUUUUCUGUCUCAAUUCUCCUACUUAUAAUAUAUCUUAAACCAAAGCUGAAGCCCAGAAAAAUAACUGUAGCAGUAUCGAGUAUAGUGACUGAUUCCACUAUGAGCUGCCGAUCCAAUAUGGAUGAUACCACCCCAGAGAUUGAACUUCCAGGCUUCCGAUUCCAUCCAACCGAGGAAGAACUCCUUAAUUUUUACCUCAGAAACAUGAUUUAUGGCAAGAAGUUGUGUUAUGAUAUAAUUGGAUUUCUCAACAUCUAUCACCAUGAUCCCUGGGACUUGCCUGGAUUGUCAAAGAUUGGAGAGAGGGAAUGGUAUUUUUUUGUGCCUAGAGACAGGAAGCACGGCAGUGGAGGGAGGCCUAACAGGACUACUGAAACUGGAUUCUGGAAAGCCACCGGUUCUGACAGGAAAAUUGUGAGCUUAUCAGAUCCAAAACGGAUAAUUGGCCUGAAAAAAACUCUUGUUUUCUAUGUGGGAAGAGCCCCACGAGGCAGCAGGACUGAUUGGGUCAUGAAUGAGUAUCGUCUCCCAGAUGGUUGCUCCUUGCCUAAGGACAUAGUUUUGUGCAAGAUAUAUAGGAAGGCAACUUCCCUGAAAGUCCUGGAGCAAAGGGCAGCUCUUGAAGAAGAGCUGAAGACGAUGAAAACAUCUCCUUCAUCUCCGCUGUCAUCCUUAGAGACCAUCUCUUUCUGCAGCCCAAAAAAAGAUUUGCUGCCAUCGAUUUCUGUACCCCAAGUGGUCUUCAAGAAAGAAAUUGAAGAAGAUGAAGAAGAAGAAGCAAUGGUAAAAGAGAACAAAAUUUCUUCAGCGUCUCUAAAAUUACCAUUAGGCGAGGAAAAAUUGCCAGAGCUUCAACCACCCAAAAUGCUCAGUGACUGGACCCAUGAUCAAUUUUGGACUCAACUCAACAGUCCUUUGUUUCAAAACGUCACACCGUUUGCCAACAUCUUGAAUUUCUAGUGCCUAAAUUAUUGUGCAAAGCUUAACUUAGACUUUGAUGUUGUAUAUAAGCUUUAUUUAUCUACCAUAUCCUACUAUGAGAUCCCUCCCUGUGGCACUUUAAAUUUAUUACUUUUGACAGGAAUGUGAUUUAUUAAUAAAGUGAUAG